GGCUUUGAGUAUCUUUCUGAUAACACAGUACAUCCUGCUAAAGAAUAACACAGCGUGCAAUUGUAUAUCGUACCCAAAGCAAAAGAUAAAACGAGAUAGUAUAUGCGAAGAAAGCAUCACAACGGUCAGUCUAAACAUCACGGAGCAAACAUCAACUUCAUAGAAAGAGCAAUAAAUCAUGGGAUUACUUUACGGCCUAAUCGCUAUUUUGACUGUCAAGAUAUUAUUUUUACAAGUGGACAUAGAGCACGUGAAUGCAUUCAGUGCAAUGACCAGUAAUGUUUUGCGGCAUGAGUAUUCGCCGCUUCAAUACAAAUUAAUGCAUAAACUUGAUAAUUUAAACUGCAAGGAAAUACUCAGGCAGAAAAUACCAGAAUACCGUCCUUAUACAGAAACAUAUAGAACGAUCGAUCCGUUUGGAUUCUAUCAGAUCAGGACUCGAACUAAUUACAGGCGAUUGAUCCACAACGAGAUAACAUGCUGCGAAGGCUACGUUCUAUCCGGAGCUAUGUGCACGCCGCGUUGCCCGGAAUCGUGCAAAAAGGGUACUUGCGAGGAACCGGAUGUGUGCACCUGCAACAAAGGGUACCGCAAGUUGAGCGACGGCAUGUGCGCGCCGGAGUGCACGAACGGCUGCGUCAACGGCACCUGCGUCGAUGCCGAGGUUUGCAGUUGCAACGAGGGUUACUCGCUGGACUCGGAUGGAUUCACAUGCCGGCCCGUGUGCGACGAGAGUUGCGAGUGGAAUAACGGAUCCUAUUGCUCCGAGCCGAACGUGUGCACGUGCCGUCUCGGUUACAGGAAAAUUGACGAUGACUACCAACUCAUUUGCAAGCCCGUUUGCGAUCACAAGUGCACCAACGGCCAUUGCACGUUACCCAAUGUUUGCACGUGCAACCCGGGCUACGAGGUGGACGAGGACGAUCCGUUCGUCUGCGAGCCCAAAUGUGAUCAGCCGUGCAUUUUCGGGACGUGCACGGCACCGGGGACGUGCACCUGCGAUCACGGUUACAGAGCGGCGAAUGCGAGUGUCUGCGAGCCGAUAUGCAGCGAGCCCUGCGAGAUGGGCACGUGCGUGGCACCGGAGAGUUGCAGCUGCAAGGAGGGCUACGGACUACGUUACGGCAGUUCCAAAUACAAAUGCGAGCCUAUCUGCGAGAACGACUGCAGCAACGGCACAUGCAUCGCGCCCGGAUCGUGCAUUUGUAAUCUUGGAUAUGUUUAUGAUGAAACGAAUCAAAUGUGCAAGCCACAUUGCCAGAUACCUUGCGAAGAAAACGCAGAAUGUAUAGGGGAUGAUAGAUGCGCUUGCAUGAAAGGAUAUCGCUUAAUACUCCCACAUUUAAUGACAGACAAUAUAUAUAUUAAUGACAUUCGCAUAAAAGAGCUGAAGCAAAAACUUUGCCAACCGGUAUGCAAUUUCAAGUGCAUCAAUGGUGGGUGCACCGAGCCAAACGUAUGCACCUGCAAUCCCGGUCACUAUCCGUCGUGGAUCUAUCAUCCCAGUCAAAAUAACAGCUUGAUGCGCUUCUGCCUCAAAGUCCACGGACCUCCCUGCGACGAGCACUCGUGCGGCGAUAACGGGACAUGCGACGUGUCCGGCGUUUGCGUUUGCAACGAGGGUUACGCGAAGGACACGAACAAUGAUUGCGUGCCCUCCUGCGAUCCAGCGUGCUCCAACGGCAUCUGUCACGACGGUUUCGUACCGGAUAUCGUCAAUCACUCAGGAUGCAUCCCCGAGUGUACUCGCAACUGCAGCGGACACGGCGAGUGUGUCAUUGACCGCUACAAUUUAUACAACGCAUGCGAGUGUCAGUUCGGAUGGAUGGGACAGGACUGCGAUGAACCGACCAUAUGCCUCAUCAUGAUGACCUACGAUCAUUACGACGUCAACAGAAUCACGAUUUGUAAUAACACAAAUAGUACAAUCUUACAAGCUAUCCACAGCGUACCGUAUUGUGACUGCGACUAUUCCCUUGAUAACGAAACACUAUGCAUCAUGAUGCAUUCUGCUGAUGGCAAUACAACUAAUAUCGGCUGCUUGAUUAAAACAGAUUUGCCAUGUUAUGUGACUAAUAACAAUCAGCUUUUUGCCUCGACUAAUGUUAUCAAAAUAGUUUGGUCUUUCGUGACUAUCGCUAUAUUACUGGCCACAGGUCUGGUAGCAAUAACGUAUAUAAAGUAUCGCAAACGUCAACAGAAGAAAUUAGCUACUUUAGGUAUUUUUCAAAGUGUAUUAAUAACGAGAAUUAUCAUGCUUUCACGAUUUGGCGAAAGCGUAACUGAAAGAUAAUUGCGACAUCCUACUUUUUCAACUGUCCAUCAACAAAUAUCUUUGUGCGAGAACCUUUUGCCACCGAGUCCUUGUUGUCCGACUAUGAGAUC